ACGCACCCUUUGCUAAAGAGCGGCCUAUUUAAGCUGUCAGAGUGCUGUCAUUUCUUUUCUUUGCUAGGCUGACUGCUUCCUAACUAUUCUGUAACAUUACUGUAAAUAAUAUUUACUAAAUAUAUGCUGCGACCACCGCUGCUUCAAAUAAAUAAUCACAUUUAUGAUGAUAUGCUGCUAGCUAGCUUACUACUCAUUUAGUUGCCUGUCCUGCUGGAUUUACUUUCUGCUGAGAUGCUUCACUUCACUUCACCAACUUCACUAAGUGGAAAAGGUCAACCACACAUCUCUGACUGGGUCCAUGUGCUGCCACCUAAAGAUGUGAGACUCAUGGCUGGGCCGAGACUGUGCACUGAACAUCUUCUCUUCUCUGCCGUAGACGGACAGCUGUCUUGUGAUCACUGCCCUUUGGGUUUUUUCACAAAAUCGACCCCUUCUUCUCAUCAUGCUAUGUGAUACGUGCCAACACUGGCAUUUCAUAGUGAGCAGGGUCAAAACAGAGGGAGGCAUCCAUCAGUCUGAGAAUUUACCAUGUGAGCUCAUGAGUAACGUUAAACUAUCCUGGCCUGUGUAGGUACAUCUGCUGGUGUUUAUUAUAUUCUAGGCCAGUUUUUAAAAAAAAUAAAAUAAAAUCAAAAUCCAGUGCUUGCAGAUAAUGACAUUAAAAUAGUGAACUUGAUACAAAGGGAAAACAUAUAUCUCCUUUAUUCUCUGUCAGUGAUGUAGUAAAUCUAGUGAUAGUGAGACCGUCUGUAGUUGUGAUGGCUGCUGCCUCCUCUCCAGAGACGGAUCAGCCCCUCUUGCAGCUCCAGGAGGUGGACUCUAGUCGGGUUGGCAGUCGUGUCCUCUCCCCCAUCCUCAGCUCCUCCUCUCCCGGCCUGUCCCUUGAACCCAGCCAGCCCAUCUGCAUCCCCUCCCCUUACACUGAACUCGGCCACGACUUUACCACCAUACCUUUCUACAGUCCAGCUAUCUUCAGCUAUGCUGGUCCGGGCAUUUCAGACUGCCCCUCCGUGCAUCAGUCACUAAGACCUUCAUUAUUCUGGUCCGGCCCUGGCCACGUGGGCCCACCCAUACCCCUGCACCACUCCCCGGCUCGCCCUCAGCAUGGUCAGCCAAUCCAGAGUCCGUGGAUGGAGCUGUCACCACGGGACAGUUUCUUAACAACCAGCAAGAGUGUGAGGAGGCGUUCCCAGGAGAGCGAGGAGGGCGUGGUGUCGUCAGGUGGGAAGGCAGACCUCCACUUCUGUGCUGUGUGUCACGACUACGCUUCGGGCUACCAUUAUGGCGUCUGGUCAUGUGAGGGUUGUAAGGCCUUCUUCAAGAGGAGCAUUCAAGGACACAAUGACUACAUCUGCCCAGCAACAAAUCAGUGCACUAUAGACAAGAACCGUCGUAAGAGCUGCCAGGCGUGCCGCCUUCGCAAGUGCUACGAAGUUGGCAUGACCAAGUGUGGUAUGCGUAAAGAGCGUGGAAACAGGAACCAACAGAUGAGGCAAGUGACCCGCUUGUCCUCACAGGGCAGAGCAAACGGACCAAAGGCGUCAACCAGACCAGCAGCAGGGUUGUUAAUUGAGCCCCAACCUGUUGCAUUGACCCCAGAGCAGCUGAUUGAGCGAAUAAUGGAGGCGGAGCCACCAGAGAUCUACCUCAUGAGUGACAUGAAGAGGCCACUGACCGAAGCUGACGUCAUGAUGUCUCUCACCAACCUGGCUGAUAAGGAGCUGGUUCACAUGAUCAGCUGGGCCAAGAAGAUUCCUGGGUUUAUAGAGCUCAGUCUCAUGGACCAGGUGCACCUGCUGGAGUGCUGCUGGCUGGAGGUGCUGAUGAUCGGACUGAUGUGGAGAUCAGUGGACCAUCCGGGGAAACUCAUCUUCUCCCCUGACCUCAGCCUGAGCAGAGAAGAGGGGUGCACUGUUCAGGGCUUCUUGGAGAUCUUUGAUAUGCUGUUAGCUGCCACGUCCAGGGUGAGAGAGCUCAAGCUGCAGAGGGAGGAGUACGUCUGCCUCAAGGCCAUGAUCCUCCUUAACUCCAGCAUGUGCCUCAGCUUUUCAGAGGGCAGCGAGGAGCUGCAGAGUCGCUCCAAGUUACUGCGUCUUCUGGACGCUGUAACGGACGCUCUGGUGUUGGCCAUCGCCAAAACUGGCCUCACUUUCCGCCAACAGUACACCCGGCUCGCCCACCUGCUCAUGCUGCUGUCACACAUCCGCCAUGCCAGUAACAAGGGCAUGGACCAUCUCCACUGCAUGAAAAUGAGGAACAUGGUGCCUUUGUACGACCUGUUGCUGGAGAUGUUGGAUGCCCACAUCAUGCACAGCUCUCGUCUGCCUGGCCAUGCUCCCGAGCCUGUGGACCAGAAGGUUCCCGCUCGGCCUCACAGCUCUGGUAGCGGCCCCUCAAAUACCUGGACUCCCAGCAGCACCGGAGGUGAACUCCAGUAGUCAGCAGGUCACCUCUUUGCUUUCACAUGAAUCCACAUACAAUGAAUUUUUACCGCUUUGCACAAAACUAGGUCAAAAGACUGAUGAGGUGUUUUACUGGAACAACCUGCAGGACGCUGAACUCUGUGAUCUCUCAUUGGUGAAUCUUAAACAUUCAAUCACUGUGCACAAUUGGUGAAGUUUUCAAAUGUUUUAAGUUAAAGUUAAAACUCUGCAGACUGUCCAAACUUGCAGUAUUCAUCGCCUUAACGCCACAUAUUGAAACAGCAGAGUGAACAAAUUGUUUCCUUAAUUUAGGCAGUUGCAUCAGUACUUGCUCACAUCUACAUGUAAUAUGUUACUGCUAUGAUUUUUCUUGGGAAUUGGCAGCCAAUUUCAUAUCAUGAAAACACAAAAACAGUUUCAGUAAUCAUGGCAGGCGACUGGUUACGGAACCUGAGAUGUUGCUACCAGAGAUGAUAAAAUGAGAACUACAUAAUAACAGCAAGUAACAACAACGCAUAAUUACAUAAAUAACAGCUUUUUUGAGUAUCUGAUCACAGUUCUUGCAGUUGUGCCAAAAAUGUCCCGCUGAACCUACCAUCCUGGAGGUUUAAUUAGAGAUGGAUUUCAGUAACAAGUUUGAUUUUGGCAAAAUAGCUGGAUUCAUUAAGCUCUGAAUCUCUUAUCGUACUUUCUCUCUUUCCUCUUUCUUUUAUUAGCAAAGAGUAAUAGAAAACCAGUACUAACCAGUAGAAAUCAGUGCUGGUUAUAGCUUCAUAUUUACCGUACAGACAUGAGUGUAAUCUUUUCAUUUAAUUCUCAGCAAGAAAGCAAAUAAGUAUAUGCCCAAAAUGUGAAACUUUUGUUGAACUAUAUGAAUACAAUAAUGACAUAAACCAUGACAGAAGACUGUAUCCAUGGCUACGAUAUGGGAGCAGUUGCUAGUUGCUAAAUGUGGACCUGCAAUAAUUAGUUGAUGGACAGAAAAUUAAUUGGCAACUAUUUUACAUUGACAUUUAAAUAACAUUUAUAUAUGCUAACAAUAUUGUUAUUUAUCUUAUCUAGAAUGACAAGAUGAUCAAUUACUACAGUAGUAGAUACAAUUCAGUUUAAAAAAUGGACAUAAAAGCCCAGUUUUAUGUCUCUGUGGGAAAAGUUAUUGAGCUAACCUGGAAGUUGACUCUAGGAACACUGUAAUUUUCUUCUGUAAUAUCAAAACAGAAAAUUGGAAACAUCUCGUCACUGUUGCAACCAGUCGGUCAGAAAUUAAACACAUCUACUGAAUUGUGUUGAGUUAGCUAACUUGGAUUUUAAAAAAUGUUGUCAGCUAUUUACAACUGUUGUUGCAUCAUGGCAGAUCUCCAGUUGACCACUAGGGGACACUUUACAUCACCUACUUUAUACCUGUUGGACUUCUCUACAUGACUGUCACUGUCUUGUCUUGACUUUGUUAAGGAUAUCUUACUUGUUUUCUGUGAAGUAUCAUAACCACUAUUGCUUUUGCACUUAUACCUGUCAAGUUUAUCUUGAGGAAAAAGAAAAGACUAUUUUUGUAUCGUAGCACUUGCUACAGUAGCUAUUAGGGAUGGGAAGAUCCACCAAUUUGAAUCGGCGUACUGGCAUAAAUGUUCACGAUGCCAUUGCCUCGAUCAUCUUUGCAUCUGUAAAAUCCGAUUUAUCUUUAUCUAAUUAUUAAUAGAGGGCGUAUGCCUUUAUUAGUAGUUGUUUGGGUCACGGAACGUAUGCAUGUAAACUGGAGACACAGAACACUUGUGAAAAGGCCUGUUAGUGAAAGGUCCAAGUGGUUUUUUAGAGGUCAAAAAGAAACAGCAUAAAUGAGAUGCAGUACUAUAGACACAAAUAUGUAAAGUAAAAAUACCAUUUUGCUUUAUGCUUUAUGCUUAAGAGAUAAAAUCAAACCGUACCAUAUUGAAUUGCAUAGCAUCAUUCUUUUGCAUCGCAUCAAAUCAUAUCAUAUCACAUUGAAUCGCUUUGUGUUGAACCAAAUUGUGUUGAAUCGCACUACAUUGCAAUAUUGGUAAAUCGUAUCUUUCUUAUUGCAUCAGUAGUUGCUUCAUAUGUAUCUUUUAAUGUGUCAGAUUGUUGGUAAUGCAUCGAGAUGCUUAUCACAUCAGUGUCAGUGAUGGUGCACAUCCCUAGUAGCUAAUGUGUGUAUAGUUGUACUUCAGCUUUGACAAUCAGGAUCAAGAUUUAUGGUUGUGCACCAUAUGUUGACUUUGAAAAUAUCCUGUCUGAACUUCUGCACCAGGUCAGUCCUUCUGUCUGCCGCAUGCUUUUCCUCCAGUCACACUCUCCAUCACAUACUGUAUUAUCACUGUGUACAUGUGCCUACAGUGGCCUUUAUGUUCCUAAGAGUCAUACCUGGUUCAUUUUCUGGUAAUUACUUUAACAAUGAUGUGUAAAAAAGAGUAAAAUUUUAAGUGACCAUCAAGAACAGAGGAAUCUUGAUGUCGGCUCUUCAUCAUUUUAAGAUAUAGCAAGUGGAGGAGCCAGUGCAGUUUCAGGCAUUAUCAUUUGUUUUUGUCAUAUUUACCUGCUCUCUCUGGUUUACAUCAUAAAAUAAAGCAAAAAUUAUUGUACAGUUA